AUGGUUCGGAAGGAUCCUAUCUUUGAAGCCCGCACCAAUGUCAAGCUACACUCUAAUCGACUGAAAAAGGAGGCCGCCCGUGCGGAAGCGACCUUUAAAUCCGAGAAAGCUAAGGCUGACAAGGCCAUGAAAAACCGCGAAUUUCAGAUCGCCCGCAUCCAUGCCGCUUCUGCCGUACGAGAAAAACGCAGACAGGUGACCCUCAAGGCGGAGGCUGCCAGAGCAGAUGUCAUUAUCAACGAGCUCAAGGCUGCGCAGAGCACUCGGGACACGUCUCGGACGCUUGCAUUGGCAUCACGGGGCCUGGAUGCUGCCUCCAAGAGUGUAAAUCUUGAGAGCUUGGUUUCCCAUGCGAACAAUUUCCUGGCGCGCUCCGAAGAUUUCAAGAUUGCUAGCAGUGCGAUCGAGGAUGUUGCGCAAGGGAUCUCUAUGCAGGAGAAUGGCGCAGAGGGUGAAGCCGAUGUGGAUCGCCUGAUGGAGCAACUUGCUGAUGACGCUGGGGUGGAUCUCCGGAUGGCUUUGGAGCAGGAUGCUGCUGCUGCUCCUAAGGAGGAGGUUAAGGCUCCGAAACAAGUUGACACUGAAGUUGAGGAUGGCUUGGAUGCUAGGCUACGAGCUCUCAGGGCGACCAACUGA